GUGCCCCGCAAUAACAAAACGUGUUGAGCGAACGAAAAAAUAUUGAAAUUGUUAAACAGCUAAAAAUUAGUUUUGAGCAUCAUGGAUUCUAAACCUAAGAAUGACAUAAAAAAAGAUGAAAGAUUUGCUCAUCUUUUCAACAAUCCUCGUUACAGAAAAUUACCUGAAAGAGAGAAGAAGGUUAAAAUUGAUAGUCGUUUCAAAUCAAUGUUUAAAGAUGAUAAAUUCCAAGUUAAAUACAGCGUAGAUAAAUAUGGACGUGAAGUUAGUAAAACAUCUUCAGAAGAUUUAAAGAAAUAUUACCUUCAAAGUUCAGAAGAGUCUUCAGAUGAAGAGAAGGAUGAUGGCAAUGCUGUCAUCGAAAGUGGUAAUGAAAUGCCAGAUACGCUGAAGAAUAAAUUGAAAGAUCUGGAAGUUGACUACAUAAGAGGUGAAGGCGUCUUCCAAUCUGAUAGUUCUGAUGAUGAAAGUACUUCAGAUGAAGCUGACGAAGUUUACAUCGAACAUGUUUGGGGAGAGCUUGAUCAUGAUGCUGAAACCACUGAAGAAUCUUCAAGAAGAAUCGCUUGCAUGCACAUGGAUUGGGAUAGAAUAAGAGCUGUUGAUAUCUUGAUGAUGUGUAAUUCAUUCAUUCCUUCUGGUAGUGGAUCAAUUUUAUCUGUUAAGAUUUUUCCGUCUGAAUUUGGUAAAGAAAGAAUGGCGCAAGAGGAACUGCAAGGUCCUCAAGAAUUGACUAAAAUUGAACACACAGAAGAACAACCAAUUGAUGAAGAAGAUGAAGAAUAUAAAGAGAAGCUUCGAGAAUAUCAACUCAAUCGAUUGAAAUAUUUUUAUGCAGUUAUUGAGUUUGAUUCAGUGAAAUGUGCUGAUAUUGUUUACAAGGAAUGUGAUGGAUUGGAAUAUGAAACUACAGCUAAUCGAUUAGAUUUAAGAUUCAUUCCCGAUGAUAUGGAAUUUGAUGAUGAACCGAAAGAUGUUUGCAAUGAAUUGCCAGAACGUUCAAAGUAUCAACCAAGAAUUUUCUUCACCACUGCCCUUCAACAAGCAAAAGUUGAACUCACUUGGGAUGAGACUGAUGUCGGCAGGAAAGAAAUCACUGAAAAGUUAUUCAGUGAUAAAAGAAAUGAAAUUACGGAUAACGAUUUGAGGAAGUUUGUUGCAUGUAGCAGUGAAGAUGAAAAUUCAGAGGACGACAACAGCGAUAAUGGAAAUGAAAUCGACGAUGAAGACAAUAAACCAAAAGAUAAAAUCAAUUUAUACAAAUCACUUUUAUCCGAAAUUAAUCAAAAAGAAGAAGAGAAAAAGAAGAAACAAGUUGAAAUGGAAUUCACGUGGGGUGUUGGCGUUGAUAAGAAGAAAGACAUCGAAGAUGAUGAAGAAUCAGAGAAGGAAGAAUUAACGCCAUUUGAAAAGAUUCUCGAGAAGAAAAAGCUUAAAAAGAAAGCAAGGAAAGAAGCGAGAAAAAAGAAAUUUAAAAACGACGAUGAGGAUAACGAUGAUGAUGAUGAUGAAGAUGGUUACAGUUCAAGUGACUUUGACGACAUCGACAUGAAUGAUCCUUACUUUGCUGAAGAAUUUGCUAAUAAUGAAUUCAAAAUGCCUAAAAAGAUGUCAAACAAAAAACAGAAGAAAAAAUCAUCACAGAAUAGCGAUGAUGACGAGGAGAAGAAGAGAAGACAAAUGGAACUUGAAUUGCUUUUGAGUGAUGCAACAGAAGACAAAAAAGCACAUUUUAGUUUGAAACAGAUACAAGAAAAUGAAACGAUGAGUUCAUCAAAACGAAAACGACGAAUGAAGAAAUCUAAAAAAGAAGCGAUAAAAGAACUUCCAGAUGAUAACUUUGAGCUUAACAUUAAAGACGAUCGUUUUAAUGCUGUUUACUCUAAACCAGAUUUCAACAUUGACCCAACAGAUCCAAACUUCAAGAAAACAAAAGGAAUGGAAGUUUUAAUUCAAGAAAAGUUGAAACGUCGCUAUAAUGAUGAUGCCGGUGAAUCAUCGAUCAAGCCGGAUACAAAUCAUCCAGAAAAGAAAAUUAAAACAAAAGAUGUUGCACUUAACAUGCUGGUCAAAAAUAUUAAAAGAAAAGUUGGAAAAUAAAAUUUUUGUUUCACUUUUUUUAUAUCAAA